AUGCCCUCGACUUCCUCGUCCCAGGAGCAAGUGCAAUCACCAUACGAUGCACUUUCCUAUGUCUGGACAGGAGAAGACAGAAAUGUGCUCCAGCCACUGGAUGGGGAGGGCGACUCGGCAGCGAGCAGCAAAGUGCCCUUUUUCGACAAGUCAAUGCACAAACUGGUGCCCCUUCUGACAUCGGAUUUCAGAGUCAUUCCAAUAACAGAGACAUUGCACCACGCGCUUCUCCAUAUUCGACAUCCAACAGAAAACCGGGCGUUGUGGGUAGAUCAGCUGUGUAUCAGUCAACAGCACCCCUGGGAGUUAGCGAUCCAGGUGCCCAAUAUGUACCGAAUCUUUGGCGGAGCUCGAUCUGUCAUCUGCUGGCUCGGUCAUGUCAAGCCGGAGAUAAGAACGUUGAUGCAGUGGGCAGAGGAGCUUGAGAAUGACCACAGUACCGCCAAAUUGCCUCAAACGGAACAAUCCCCGGAUGAGGAGCCGACGACAUUUGUUCCGGCAGGCCCAAUGAACGUCCUGGUCCAAAUCCUCUCACGGGAGAUCGAGGCGGACACAUCUACUGACAUGUCUGAUAGGCUCAGGACAGUCCUCAAUGGAUAUCUGAAUUUGGCAUGGCCAACGAGAGCGUGGACAUUCCAGGAGGCCGUUGUGUGUCCGAGGACCAUCAUCCAGUAUGGGUCCAGCGCUGUCAAGUUUGACGCGUUCAUCACAGUUGUUGAUGUUCUAUAUCACAUGGCUUUUCGCCAUGAGUCGGCUCCAGACCACCAAUUCCAAACAGCGCUUACGAAUGGAGUCGACUCGCUUGCCAUGGUUGCGAGUUUGCGGAGCAUUGUCGAGGAGUGGGAACAGGGCCACACUGACAUGUCCUUGCGAUGGCUCUUAACACGAGCCAGACAGAGGGUUGCAACGGACGACCGCGACAAGGUAUACUCGAUUUACGGGUUGUUGAACAUGUUGAAGCCUGCGGAAUGGAACAUCAGUGCAACCAAUUAUGAUACGCCUGUCUCCCAUGUAUACCAAGCCGCGACGGUGGAUUGCAUGAAUCGAGAGCAAAAUCUAGACAUGCUCUCAAGGUGCUGUGCAGGGAACGAUGCGGGUCACAACUACAAACUGCCCUCGUGGGUGGAAGAUUGGUCCGUCACCCAGCCGCUCUGCCCCCGUCCCAUCUUCAGCACUUACUUCCGCACCCAAGGCAGCUCUCGAGCAGUCUACGGGGCAGCCAGCCGGCACGCUCCUGAGGUCACAUACCUGGACCGAGCACAUGGCCUCCUGCGUGUCAAGGGGAUAAUCUUCGACACAGUUGAACGUGUUGUUUCAAGAAAGCCCGAGGACGCACUCGAUGCGGAUGAAUUGAUCCAGGAUGGAAUCCCGGCCGCGACCUUUGCAGGACAGGCUUUCCCUCCAAUCCCAAGUGGCAGUCAACUAAAGUUCCAUAUCACGGUGGACAUGCUGGCACGCUCGUUCCCAGCUGACGGCGAUUCCAGGAUGGCAGGGCUCCUGAGGACUCUGCGUGCGGACCUGGAGGAAAUCUGGUCCGAAUGGAUUGAACUUGCACUGGCCCCGGACCUUCCAGAUCCGUAUGGCGGCCACUCACAGAGGCUUGGUGCAUUUUGGAGGGCGCUCGUCGAAGACCUGGACCUCGCUUCGGGGGCGCAACUUGAACGACUGCCAUUGGAGUUUGACGAGCAGGUGCAGGGCUGGGUUGAAGCGACUGGGAGUGCGACUGGGUCUGGGACUGGGACUGGGACUGCGCCUGCGACUGGCAAGACAUGCCAGUGGACGCUCUCGGACGAAGCGUCGGCCUUCUACGACAAGUACUACGCGACGUGGAUGGCUCGUCGCUUAUACCGGACUCGAAAAGGCUAUCUCGGCCUCUCUUGCGACUACGUGCGGCCCGGUGAUAAGGUCGCCUUGCUGUACGGGGGUUCGCUGCCUUUUCUGCUGAGACGCCAGGGUACAAUCAACUUCAGGGGACGGGGACCAAACGUGGAGGUGGAGGCGCAGGGCACAAUCAACUUCAGGGGGUCAGGACCAAACGGGGAGGUGGAGGCGCUGAAGUCCUCUUCGGUAGCGUCGUAUGUCCUCAUCGGUGGUGAGACCUACGUUCAUGGGCUGGCAGAUGGUCAAGGACUGGACAUUGCAGUGCAAGAAGACAUGGCGGCGGAAGAAAUUUAUCUUCUCUGA